AUGGAUUCCUCCAUGAUGGCAUCGCUCGGACAGGCUCACGUCUAUUACAAGAACGCCAUCGUCUACCCACAAUCACAACCCCAACAGCAACAAACACAACCACACCAGCAGCAGCCGAUGGGCAUGUACGCCAUGGCUCCGUCGAAUGGCGCCUAUGCUCAGCCUCCCACCCUCUACAGCAACGGACCGUCUGUCCUCACGCCUACCGGCUCUCCCCGUCCCGUGAGCGCGCAGAAGCCUACCAUGCUCCUCGACACAGACAUGGAUUCGUACUUUCCCGCGACACCGCCUCUGUCGACCUCAGGCAGCACCGUGGGUAGCCCAUACAACUUCGAGGCGCUCCAGACUCCCAUGAACCCAAUGUUCUCUGGGAUGGGCGACGAUGACACGGCCAAAGACAGCUUGGAAACUACUGAGACUUCGGUGCUCGAUCUCUCGAGCUGUGGCUCGCCUCCCAUGACACCCAUGUACCUGCAGUCCCAAAUCGGAAAGGCGCCAUCUCUUACAGACUCCUUUUCGUCGUGCCCCUCGCUCUCUCCCUCCCCUGCCCCUUAUGCUCGCUCUACCAGCUCUGAGCAAGACGUCGACUUUUGCGAUCCGCGUCACUUGACUGUGGCCGGUGGCUCUGUGGACUCGACCUUGGCGCCCGAGGCUUCUCUCGACGAAGAGGCACGCAUCCUGCACCCCAAGCCCGAGCCUGCCGCCGUGCACGCGCCCUCAUUUGAGUUCAAGGUUGAGCUCCCUGACGACCUGCCAUCCUUCACCGACCUCUCGGAUCUCGAGUCGGAGGAGGACUUUGUCAACAGUCUGGUCAACCUCGACGACACGGACGCUGCUGAUAUCACGCGGCCCCGCGCCUGCACUGGCUCAUCGGUUGUUUCUCUCGGGCACUGCAGCUUUAUUGGGGACGAGGAUCUCACCUUUGAUGGUCCGGAUGCUUUUCAAUUCUCCAUCCCUAGCCCCCCCUCCACCGUCACCGCCGAGGAUAGUCACCGCACCAAACGCACCAAGAAGUCUCACAAACAUAGCAGCGCUACUGUCCCCUCGAUUAACAUGGCCUCCGCCGGGACAGAGAAGUCUGCAGAGCCUGUACAGCAGAAGGAGUCUGCGCAGCACCAGCAGGCUGACGCUGAUGCCACAGAGUCCAACCACUCCUCUGGCUCCGAAGAAGGCAAUGCGCCAGCUCCCACAAACCGCCGUGGCCGCAAGCAAUCGCUCACCGAAGACCCUUCUAAGACUUUUGUCUGUGAGCUUUGCAACCGCCGCUUCCGCCGGCAAGAACAUCUCAAGCGCCACUACCGCUCCCUCCACACCCAGGACAAGCCUUUUGAGUGCGGCGACUGCGGCAAGAAGUUUUCCCGCAGUGACAACCUUGCCCAACACGCCCGCACGCACGGCUCUGGUGCCAUUGUCAUGAACAUCCUCAACGGAGAAACCGGGGAGCAUGUGCCCCACGUGUACCCUCAAGACUCCAUGCCUGGCUCGGGGGCCGCAAACGACGAGAGCUACCAGCAGUUCGGCAAGGUGCUCUUCCAGAUGGCGGCCGAGGUACCUGGCAGCUCGAGCGAGGACAGUGCUGAUGAGGGCAAGAAGCGUAAGCGCUCCGACUGA